GAUGACUUCACUGAGAUGGAAAAGAAAAUGGACACCACUGCUCGGGCAGUGAUGGACAUCAUCACCAAGACCACUGAGUAUCUGCAGCCAAACCCAGCCACCAGAGCCAAGAUGAGCAUGAUGAACUCCAUGUCGCGUAUGCGGGGACAGGAGAAGGGGCCGGGCUACACGCAGACCGAGGCCAUCCUGGGAGAGUCCAUGCAGAGGUUUGGCAGGGAGCUCGGAGAGGAGUCUAACUUUGGCCUUUCUCUGAUUGAUGCUGGGGAAGCCAUGCGUGAGCUUGGAGAGGUUAAGGACGCUCUGGACAUGGAGGUCAAGCAGAACUUUAUUGAUCCAAUGCAGAACCUCCAUGAAAAAGAUCUCAAGGAGAUUCAGCAUCACCUGAAGAAAAUGGAGGGUCGUCGUCUGGACUUUGAUUAUAAGAAGAAACGUCAGGGCAAAGUGACCGAAGACGAGCUCAAACAGGCACUUGAGAAAUUUGACGACUCCAAGGAGAUUGCCGAGCUGAGCAUGUUCAACCUAUUGGAGAGUGAUAUUGAACAGGUGAGCCAGCUGGCUGCACUGGUACAUGCUCAGGUGGAGUACCACAGUCGCGCUGCUGAGAUCCUCACACAGCUCUCCAGUAAGAUUGACGAACGGAUAAAGGACACUUCCGUCAAACCGAGGAAAGAGUUUGCUCCUAAACCACGGCCCAAAAAAAACCAACAAUCCCACCUAAAUGGCAAAUCUUUUACAUCUAACUCUGCUUUUCUUCUCUUAUCUCCACAACUCUUUUCUCCAGCUCCCUUGGACCAGCCCUGCUGUCGUGCACUGUACGAUUUUGACCCAGAGAAUGAAGGUGAGCUAGGCUUCAAGGAAGGCGACAUCAUCACCCUGACCAAUAAGAUCGAUGACAACUGGUAUGAGGGGAUGCUGCAUGGCAACUCUGGCUUCUUCCCCAUCAACUAUGUGGAUAUCCUGGUGCCGCUGCCCCACUAGGACGUCACCAUCACCAGCUACGAAGGUGAUUAAACAGAUCCCCCCCCUGUAUUCCCAGUAACCUUUUCCUUAACAUUCCUA